AUGGCGACUAGUAGCGAUAGCGUUGAACUCGAAUUUUGGCACAAAAAUAUAACAAAAAUACCCAAAGUUACAAACUCUUUUGUUGAGGAUUUUGCUGAGAAGAACCUACCGAUCAAAGCCACUGUAACAAGAGGAUAUAAAUUCUUUCACGAAGAAUAUAUUCACGAUAUUGAAGGUGAGCCUCGUUGACCUCGUGGUAGCUUUCUUUGUUUGACUGUCUUUCCAAUAUUUUGUUUCUGUGCUCAGUGUUUUGAGUUUUAACUCUUUUUCUCGGUUUUUAACAGUAAAACUUUGCAAGGAAGAGGAUUCAGGAGUAGUGGCUCGGGCUAAAUGCUUCAGAAGUAUGAAAAAAAGAACGAAGAUCCUCACAAGUUGUCUGUUGUGUUCGAGAGCUCCUCUAUUGAGGCUAGCAUCAACAAGUAUAUGUGUAGUUGUGCUGCUGGACAAGGUCUUUGCCAUCAUGUUCUUGGAUUGCUCUAUACUCUUGCCCAUUUCCAGCUAUUAG